UCAAGCUAGUGACCACAUCAGCCUGGAGAGGGGAGAGUCCGCCGGCUGAGAGACUGCUGGCUCAUCUACCGUUAGCUUCUGUCACAAGUCCAUACAGUCUAUCGAUACGUUACACGUUUUAUAGCACUACUUUCGUAUUCUGUACUGAUUCGGUGGUGUCGUCUUCGCCUCCCGCUGACAAUGGCCGAUCCUAAAUACGCAAACUUGCCAGGAAUCGCCUUCAACGAGCCCGAUGUUUACGAGACCGGCGACCUUCCAGAAGAUGACCAGGCUCAGUUCGAGUCGUUUGUACAAGAGCUGGAGGAGCUCUGCAGUGACAGCGUAGAGAGGAUCGUGGUCAACCCCAACGCUGCCUAUGACAAGUUCAAAGACAAGCAUGUCACCACGAAGGGACUUGACUUCUCAGACAGAAUCAGUAAAAGUAGAAGAGUGGGCUAUGAAUCGGGAGAAUUUGAAAUUCUCGGAGAGGGCUGUGGAGUGAAAGAGACACCCCAGCAGAAGUACCAGCGUCUGGUGAAUGAGAUCCAGGAACUCACGCAGGAGGUGGAUACCAUCCAGGCUGCCACAAAGGAAAGCAACGCAGAGGAGCGCCUGACCCCGGUGGUGCUGGCUCAGCAGGCCGCCCAGCUCAAACAGCAGCUGGUUUCUGCCCAUCUCGACUCACUGCUGGGACCACAGGCGCACAUCAACCUGGCCGACCCAGACGGAGCACUGACAAGGCGUCUGCUCACCCAGCUGGAGGUGGCCAAGGGCAGCCGCGGCAGCACCGCGGGAGACGGCAAGCCGGCGGCAUCGGCCAAGGGCCCAGACGGAGUGGUACUCUAUGAGCUGCACAGCAGACCGGAGCAGGAGAAAUUCAAUGAGUCUGCCAAGAUGGCGGAAUUGGAGAAGCGUCUUGCUGAGCUGGAAAUCUCUGUUGGCUCCGGAUCAGACAAGCAGGGACCACUGAGCACUGGUGUACAAGGAGCCAGUUUGAUGGACACUAUAGAACUCCUGCAGGCGAGAGUCAGUGCACUGGACUCUUCCACUCUGGAUCAAGUGGAGGCAAGACUGCAGAGUGUCCUCGGGAAGAUGAACGAGAUCGCAAAACACAAGGGGGCAAUUGAGGAUGCUGAUACACAAAACAAGGUGUCGCAGCUCUAUGACGUGGUGCAGAAGUGGGAUGCCAUGUCCACUUCUAUACCCCAGGUGGUGCAGAGGCUUGUCGCUGUCAAGGAGUUGCAUGAGCAAGCCAUGCAGUUUGGCCAGCUGCUGACCCACCUGGACACCACUCAGCAGAUGAUCAACAACUCUCUGAAGGACAAUAACACUCUGCUGACACAGGUCCAGCAGACAAUGAAGGAAAACCUGGGGGCUAUAGAAGAGAACUUUGGUUCACUAGAUGAGCGGAUGAAGAAGCUCUCCAAAUAAGCGCUGGCAGAGUUUGGGUCGGUCCAGGAGAGAGAAGAACACGGACAAAUUAAUAUCUGGCUAGAGACGCACCGAGAGGGGACCGGGGUUUUAACACUGUCCCGUUCUCGAUCUCUACUCAUGCCUCUGCCUUUUUUCUCACAAAGUGGAAUAUUAGAACGCUGGAAAAAGACGAAAUAACAAAAAAAAAGGAGACAAAAUGUUCUUGUCCACCCUCCUUUCCUCUCCUCUUCCUUUUCUCUUGCAUCAGAUUGAUAUCAGCUGAAAACACAUUUCUCCACUUCCCUCUGAUUGCAGUCCCCUGCUUAUCGACUUUUAGACUGGAUUGUUUUUAUAAUUCUUAGUAUUAAAACAUAAGAAAUUCUGUCAUUCCUUUGGAACGUCAUACUAUUACUAGAUUUGUACUGUAUACGUUGGUCAGAUGAAAUGGUUCACAGUGAUGUUGGGUUGAUAGGUGACACAUUUAACAUGCUGUCAACUAUGUAAAAAAAAAAAUGGAAAAACUCAAUCAAGAUCAGUUGUUCUAUACAGUGGUAGCAGAAGUGUCAGGGCCAUGUCACGGAAGAAAAGCUUGUAAAUAUGCUUGUGUACCUUUUUUUUUCUUUUCUUUUUUUCUUCUUCACACUCAGUCGCCUGUAACUAUAAUAUUAUGACUGAGACCAGAUGCCACAGACCAACUUUUAAUCUGCUUCGUCAUUGCCUCCCAGUCAACUGUACUGCUCAUCUGUGGCCAUGGAAACCGAUCAAUAAACGAAACAAAGUGCGAUAA